AUGUCUGCAUAUCGAAGACGGAUGCCGUAUAGCUUGGGGGCAGAUGUAUUACCAGAGGAGAAGGAAGGGUUAAAGGAACACCUGGAGCCAGAGGAGGAGAAAAAAUUGACAACGGAUAUCAUGGACCUCUAUGAUCGGUUAUUACCUUCUGCCGAGAGUGAUGACCGAAGGCGACAACUGGUUCAAAAGUUGGAGAAGCUUUUCAAUGAGCAGUGGCCUGGCCAUGAGAUCAAGGCAAAUAUUUUUGGCUCGUCUGGGAACAAACUCUGUUCCAGUGACUCGGAUGUGGAUAUUUGCAUCACAACCAACUUCAAGGAUUUGGAGCAGGUGUGUCUGCUGGCGGCAGUGUUGGCCGAUCACGGGAUGGAACGGGUCGUCUGCGUGUCGCAUGCGAAGGUCCCUAUUGUCAAGAUUUGGGACCCUGAGCUGCGGUUGGCUUGUGACAUGAACGUUAAUAAUACAUUGGCGCUAGAAAACACUCGUAUGAUUCGAACAUACGUCGAGGUGGAUGAUCGUGUGCGACCAUUGGCAAUGUGCGUCAAGCAUUGGACAAAGCGACGAGUUCUCAACGAUGCUGGUCUCGGCGGCACGUUAAGUUCAUACACCUGGAUCUGUUUGAUAAUUAACUUCCUGCAAACAAGAGAGCCUCCAAUUCUCCCAAGUUUGCAAGCUCGUCCUCACAAUAAGAGGAUCACGCCUGAUGGGUUGCUCUGCUCCUUUGACGACAAUCUUGAUAUACUGACUCAAUUUGGCCGGAAGAACCAUCAAUCCGUUGGAGAGUUGUUCUUUGAAUUCUUCAGGUAUUACGGUCAUGAAUUGGAUUUUGAGAAGAACGUCAUCUCCGUGCGAGAAGGCAAAUUGAUCAACAAAGACGCCAAAAAUUGGCAUUUAGGCAUGAACAACCGUCUCUGCGUGGAGGAGCCUUUCAACACGUCAAGAAACUUGGGCAACACUGCCGAUGAUACAUCGUUCCGCGGACUCCAUUUGGAAUUACGAAGAGCUUUCAGAUCCGUUGCUAAGGGCGAUAUGGCAGAGUGCUGUGAGCAGUUUGAGUUCCCACAAGAAGAGGAGCGGACCUGGGAACGACCACCGCCUCAACCUCGGCCAACUCUUACUCCUUCGCUCCCGUCACGCGGUGGACGGGGAGGAAAUCGUGGAGGCAGAUUUGGCAACCAAUCCUCGCGAGGUGGACUCGGCGGACGUCGAACGUCUAACACUGGAAACAAGGCAAACUUCCGGCAACCAAACGCCGGCAAUAUGCCAGAUAUCUCACUACAGGCACAACAGCAGGCCCAAUAUCUUUUGCAUGACCAGCUAUAUCAGCAAAUCCAGCUUCUCCAGGCACAGGAGCAGGAAUUGCGGAUGCAGCUGCACAACCAAGCAUUGAUCACUGGAAGGCCCCCACCAGUAUUCAUCCGACAGCCUUUCAUCCAAUUUCCCGUGCCACACCAACAAGAUGUUGGCGAUGAAAGCACACAGUCACGAUCAGGGCCGGCCAGUCAAUCUACACUCAGCCCAACACAGCGACAGCAAACAUUCUACAACCCCAGUUACGCCGCAGUUGGCGCCGCUGGCACACAAGGCAGCACCACGAACCCUCCCUCCCCGUCGGCCGCUUCUGCUCUGCCUGAUCUUGGCCGUAACCCUCGACGUGGAUCUGUUGUCAAUGGAUCCCCCAAGUCCCUUCGAGCUCAUUCGCAGCCUGCGCGCCCCCAAAAUUCGCCCUCUCUUCCAAACUAUAUCCCCGUUUAUACUAUCCCACAACCUGCGGAGGGCUGGCCUAAACAACGGCCGGCUCCCGAAUCAUCAGAGGGUGGUGAAGGUAGCGGAGAUGAGCACGCAAUGCGAUCAAACAGCCUUGCCAGCAAUGGUUCGCGCUCGGAUUCGGUCGAUGAGAACCGGCCGCAAGAAGUUUUGAGUUAUUACAUGACUCCUCAACAACUGCAGGCCUUCCAGCAAGGUUCCAUGAUGUCACCGAUGUCGACGCAAAUGGGAUUGCAGAUCCCCAAUGGAUACUCUUAUGUUCCCAUCCAACAAGAGUACCGACAAGGAUCGUUCUCGUCAGGCACUGCUCGUUCUGAGCAGAACUCAGCCCCCAAGCCUCCAUCGCAGCCGGCCAAGUCUCCGCGGCCAAUUGUGCCCGGUCCAUUGAUUGUCGAUGGCUCGGUGCCUCCGAGCGAAACCCGCUCAUCAUAUGCGUCGGAUCUAAUUGAUCCCUAUUCUGCCAUCAGCCAUUACACGUCGACCUCGGAUGACCACAACAUGAACACGCCUGCCAGCUUUUCGGACUCUUUGUCUCAGGAUUACCAGGAUUCUGGGUCCUUUGAUGAUAUGGAGCACUCUACCGUCUUCACUCGGCCGUCUAUCGAGACCCAAAAAGUGAACGGCGUGAAUGGUGAAAAACCAAGCACAAAUGGUCGGCCCGAGCUUCUCGCCGAUCGGUUGCAGAACUACCAUUUGUCAGCCGCCAAACUGUCUCAACAGCCUGCAAAGACAAGUCCGGAGCGACCAAAGAAUGGCGCAGCACAGGGGACAAGCAAGGACUCUCAGCCUCGAAACUCAGGCACGGGUGACAAACCCGCUACCUCUGGACCGAAUGAAAACCGGCAUCAGACAACCAAUUCGAAACGCCGAACAAAUGGCGAGACAUCAGACAAGACAAACGGCGUCAAUGGCAAGGCCAAGCCCAAAGGCCGCCACGAUGCGUCUCACAACACCGCCCAAGCUUCUAAAGACCGACACACCGACCACCCGCCCCGAAAGCCAGGCGGCCAGACCAACGGCACGAACGAGACAAGCCAUGGCGGCUGGCAGACUACAAAGAAGAAGAACCGCAAAAACACCAAAUCAUCCAGCGACUCUCGACACGGUAUCAACGGUGGCCCCGAGCCCCUCCCCGCAGAUGAAUCCCUGCGAAAAGGCGGCUGA